ACCUACCUCGUGUUCCUUCCUCCGACUCCGACGCAAUAGCCAUGCACAGCCACCCUCCUGAGUCUAGGAGGCGAAUCUGCAGCGUGUGACUGUGUUUUGAACCUCACUGACGCGGAGGUAACAUGGCAAAAGCGGUGGUGUGGGUCCGGGUGGCCAUGGUCCUCCUGGCGGGUCUCAUCGCGUCCUGCAGCGCCUUAGAAAUGGGUCCCAAGAAGGAGAUACCCGACGACGCACUGUUUCAGGACCGUGCCGCCUUCUGCGAGGGCUGCUACGCCAUGGUGCACGAGGUGGAGAAGUUGAUGACGCUGUGGCAGAAGGAGAAGGGCUCGGUGGAGGACCACAUAGACACAGCGCUCCACGCCGCCUGCAGCACCGACCGCCUCAGGACCUACGUGCUCUCGCCCCCUAAGAUGAUGCGACUCUGCUCAGGCAUUCGAGCGCACUACAUGGACGAGAUCGGGCUGGCCAUUCUCAGACACUACACCAGGAAGGAGACUCGAAGUGUGGACCAUCUCUUCCAGGACAUCUGCAGGAAGGCCAUCCCCGCGUGUCCCAAAGGCCUCACCCCUAUGACCGUGACCAGACAGGAGAGCAGAAAGAAGGCGGAAGAAGAGAAAGAGAAGGAAGCGAACACCCCAACAGCCCAGCAAGACGCGAAGGAAAAAUCGACCCCGAAAAAAGAUGGAACCAAAGGAAAGACAGCCGCUGAAAAGAAAAAGGACGAGUUAUAAAAACCAACUGCAGAAAUGAGGCGGCAAAGAAGGACACGAAGGCUCAAAACAGUUAGAUUCAAAAAGGUGAAAUUCGUCCAAAAAACAAGAUGGAACCAAAGGAGAGACAGCCGCUGAAAGAAAAAGGACGAGUUAAAAGAACCAACUGCGGAAAUAAGGCGGCAAAGAAGGACACAAAGGCUCAAAACAACUAGAUUCAAUAAGGUGAAAUUCGUCCCAGAAACAAGAUGGAGGAAAAGGAAAGUCGGUCACUGUGGAAAAAAAAAGGAUACUUAUACGAACCAACUGCGGAAAGAAGGCGGCAAAGAAGGACACAAACACUCAGACAGCCCUAUAAGACACGAAGGAAAAACCGUCCCGGAAACCAGAUGGGAUAAAAAGAGAGGCAGCCACUAAUGAGAAAAGGAACGAGUUAUAUAAGAACCAACAGCGGAAAUACGUCGGCAAUGGAUAAGCAAGCUGACACAAAAAACGUCAGACAAGAACGAAAAAAAACCCGUCCCAGAAACAAGAUCGGACACAAGAAAGGCAGCCAUUGAAAGGAAAGAGGAUGAGUUAGAAAAAUCCACCGUAGAAAUAAGGCAACAAAGGAGAAGAAGGAAACAAAGACUCAAAACAACUCGACCAGAAUGAAAAACCGUACCAGAAAAAAAUAAACGAAAGGAAAUGAAGCCACUGAAAAGAAAAAAAGAAAAGAAAAGACGAGUUAUGAUAAUGUGCGGUGUCGCGGGAGAAGAAGGAAACAAACACUCAAACAGCUGAAAGAAAACGAGGAAAAAAAAAAUCCCAGAAACAAGAUGGAACAAAAAGAAAAGGCAGAGGAUAAGAAGGAAACAAGGACUUAAAAAAAACGUCCCAGAUAUAAGAUGGAAAAAAUAGACGUAUACAGCCACAGAAGAAGAAGAAGAAGAAGAAGAAGAAGAAGAAGAAGAAGAAAAAAAAGAA